AUGGCAGAUUCCCACCUCCCUAUGUUACAACUUUCCAAAAUGUACCCCACAUUUCUAGUUGAUAGGCACAACUUCUUCUCCAAGCCCUCCUUAUAACUCCUUCCUUCACCAUUAUUUCUGUAUCUUUAAACCAUUCUGAAAAAAUGUGUUCCUCUAAAUGUAAGCCUCAAAAAGGCACUCCAAAAAUUGUUCAAAUCAAUGGCCGCCCUGUCCUUCAACCAAAAUCCAACCAAGUUCCAAGCUUGGAAAGGCGCAAUUCUAUUAAGAAAAUUACUUCACCAAAAUCUCCUACUCUACCACCAUUACCACUGCCAUUGCCAACUUCUGCAACAAGUAAUUAUAAUGUUAAAACUUCCACCAAGUCUUCAAUAAUGUCUCCUCCCAUCUCUCCAAAGUUGAAGUCUCCAAGGCCACCAGCAGUAAAGAGAGGAAACGAAGCCAUUGUGCAAGAACAAGUUGAGGCUUCUUUUUUAGUUGAGGCUCCUGCAGGAAGCAUAGCAGCAGCUAGAAGAGAACAAGUCGCCAUUAUGCAAGAAGAAAGAAAGAUGAAAAUUGCUCAUUAUGGAAGAACAAAAUCUUCCAAGAAGUACUCUUCGAUUGCCACUGCCAGUAUUGGUAGAGAGAAAAAGAGAUGUAGCUUUAUCACUCCUAAUUCAGCCUGUUUGUGUGCAGAUCCUAUAUAUGUUGCUUACCAUGAUGAAGAAUGGGGAGUGCCUGUCCAUGAUGACAAGUUGUUAUUUGAAUUGCUAGUCUUGACUGGUGCACAAGUUGGAUCAGACUGGACUUCUUUAUUGAAGAAAAGACAAAAAUUCAGGGAGGCAUUUUCAGGGUUUGAUGCAGAAGUUGUUGCCAAAUUCAAUGAAAAAAAGAUAGCAUCAAUAAGUGCUGAGUAUGGCAUAGUUAUAAGCCAAGUUCGAGGUGUUAUUGACAACUCCAUCAGAAUUCUUGAGGUGAAGAAAGAGUUUGGAUCAUUUGACAAGUACUUGUGGGGGUUCGUGAAUUUCAAGCCAAUCAAUACCCAGUACAGAUUAUGUAACAAGAUUCCUGUGAAGACCUCAAAAUCAGAAAGCAUAAGCAAAGACAUGGUAAAGAGAGGUUUCAGGUUUGUUGGGCCAACAGUUAUGCACUUAUUCAUGCAAGCAGCUGGUCUCACCAAUGACCAUUUAAUCACUUGUCCAAGACACCUUCAAUGCAUAGGUUUGGAGUACUCUCAUCAGCAAACUGCAGCCCCAGCUUCAUAGCCUCUCUUAUUUACAAGUUUUAGUGACAAGAGUUCAAAAAAGUCAUUUGCUAGCUUUAUUAUAAUAUAACAAAGCUACACUUCUCAGCAUAUUCUCUAACUCUCUCUCUAUGUAUAUAUUGUAAAUUUCUGACCUAAUAGUUCAAUUCCCAUCAAGUUUCUUUCUUUUGGGAUUUACAACCCAAA